AUGGCUACCAUUAGCCUCAUGAGCUCCGACGAUGCGUUGGUCACUGUCGAGCGCGCUGUUGCCGAACGAUCAAUCCUGAUCAAGAACAUGCUGGAGGAUCUAGGUGAUUCCGGCGAGGCUAUUCCCAUUCCUAAUGUGAACGAGACCGUCCUCAAGAAAGUGAUCGAGUGGUGCGAUCACCACAAGAACGACCCCCCAACCGCCGGCGAUGACGACGACAACCGUCGUAAGACUACCGAUAUUGAUGAGUGGGAUCAGAAGUUCAUGCAGGUCGACCAGGAAAUGCUAUUUGAGGUGAUUCUGGCUGCGAACUACCUGGAUAUUAAGGCUCUGUUGGACGUCGGCUGCAAGACCGUUGCGAAUAUGAUCAAGGGCAAAUCUCCCGAGGAGAUCCGCAAGACCUUCAACAUCCAAAAUGAUUUCACUCCCGAGGAGGAGGAUCAGAUUCGCCGCGAGAAUGAGUGGGCUGAAGAGUAA